GGGAUAGCUAUGAACACGGGGCAUGCCUGCCUGAGUGCUCUUGGCGACCUUUGGCGACAGCAUGAAGCGGUUGACAGCUAGGCACCCCCCCCCCCCUUGCUUGUCUGCUGCGCCCGGUAUGACACGCCGCUUUGCUCAUAAGCUGUGCGAGCAGAUGCCUCUUGCUUGCUUGCAUCAACUACUGCAUCUUCCUGCAGUUGUCAGGCUUGCCCGAAUCCAGCCGUCACCCCAACCUCGUAAAGUUAAGGCCUCACAACUCCCAAUUACGACAUCCACCACCAUCAUUUGCCGCGACCCUCAUGCAGAUCAAGAUAGGGACCAGAGUGGUGCUUACGUUCGACCGAGUAUCCAUCUACACCCCUUACAGCGACAACAUAACGAGGGCCCCCUCAUGGCGUAUCCUGGAGCGUUCAGACCCGGGCUCCCAGGCCCGGCUGUUUGCCAGCAAUUUCAUCUUCUUCUCAGAGUCAUGCAAUCCGCUGCCAGGCCGGGUUGACAACCUGGGACAGUUGGCCGAGCUGGUGGCAGCGGCGCAGGCGGCGACCGGGCAGCUGCCGGCUGACAUCCCCAUCAGCAUCACGCCGCGUGUCAACCAGACCGGUUGUGUGGACAUCAACAGUAAUUCUGAAGCGAGCGCCUACCCAAUGGCCCGGAGGUGCUGGCCAGACGUCGUUGCCUUUGAAUCAAUCGUGGCCAGCGGCCAAGAGAUCAACUCUGCCGGCGCACCCGAGGCAACUAAUGGGCGGGCUUGAUGCAUCCGCGCAAGAAUCAGGGGAUGGUGGCAAUGAUUCAGUCACCAUUGCACUGGCGUGUGCGCUGGGAGGUGCUGCCCUGCUGACGCUCUUGACCGCCGGUGUCGUGUGCUGGCGGUCUGCAUGGAGGCGGCGGCGCAAUGGGCUGGGCGGCGACACGGCGAGCAAGCUGGAGUCGCGGCAGGUUGCAGCAGUCGAUGCGGAGCCCAACAACAAACCUGCUGGCGGUUUGGCAGUUGUGUUCUCUUUCACGUUGUGCACAGCAGCCGUGUCGGAGAGGACGACCGCCAAG